AUGGCCGACGAGCCCGAGCGCAAGUACACCAAGAAGGAGUUGCUGACGCAGCGCGAGCUGGUCUUUGCCCUCAAGGAGGAACUGGCGGAAAAGGUGGUCGAGUUUGAAGCGCACUCGGUCGACUACGAUGCCGUGUCAUCUGGCGUAGCUGGCGUAGCUGGCUCGGCUGGAUCGGCUCCGGCGGCUUGGAGCGAGGAGCAAAAGGCGGCGGCGGUCUCUGCCAUCACCGAUCUCCGUCACAGGCUCAUCACCGAGUCCAACAUGCUCAAGCACAUGUUCAAAAAUCGCGAGCCGUCGCUGAGGCCGCACUCGAAGCGCUCGCGCUCGCGAACAAGGUCGUCGUCGUCGGCCGCAGCUGCUGCUAUUCGCUCCAGGAGGGCCCACUCGUCGUCUCGCGUCUCGUCGACCUCGUCGUCCGAUGCUAACGAUGCAGCGGCGGCCAUCGCGGCCGUGGCCGUAGAGGACACCUCCUCGGUCACCCUCUCUACUCUUCCGUCGUACUCCUCGACCACAGCCGCUGGCGGUCCUGCCAACGACUCGAUGUACACCUCGUUCGGCUCGACUUCAUCUUUCAUGCAGCCGCUCACGCACUCGCGCUCCAUGCAGGUCUACACCUGGGGCCCGUACGGCUACUCGCUCACCUCACUUCCGGCGCCACUUCAUCCCCCUCCUGCCGCCCCUGCCUCCAAUCCGGCUCCGUCCGCCGCUCCCGCUGCUUCCGCUGCGCUGUCGCUCGUCCCCGAUGACCUCGACGGCGUCUUCCGCUCCUCGCGCGACAUCCUCGCCGCCUGA